CUCCUUUAUAUAUUUGUAUCUGCCGCAUGAUCAAAGCUUUCAUUCUUGAGCUUCUUCUUUUGGUUCUGCUGAUGCAAGUCAUGAGUUCCUCACCGUUUUUAUCUCCCACCUUCAAUAACGGCGUAGCCGGAAAGUUCAGUCACGAUUUCGGACUUAAACUACGGCUCGAAGACGAGGAGCCUGAAAAGGAAGAAGAGAGAAUAAUCAGUCAGUCGGAAAUGAAAGAUGAAAAAGAAGCCGAAGUGGAAGAGGAAGCAGAAGAAGAACAAGAGGAGGAGGAGUUUUCAUUUGUUUGUUUAAAUCCCGAUGGAUCCCCGAUUUCUGCUGACGACUUGUUCCAAGACGGUCAGAUCCGUCCGGUUUUCCCGUUAUUCAACCGAGAUCUCCUCUUCACCGAUGAAAACGGAACAGUUUUGAAGACCGAAGAGGGUGACGUCGCUCUACCUCCUCAGGUGAGGAAGGUUUUCGUGGAAGAUUCACCGGACACGAUGUCAUCGUCGUCUAGCACGUCGGAACCGGCGGGGCCGUACUGCGAGUGGAGAGGCGGAAGGACCGCGGUGGAAGCCCCACCAGACACGUGUCGGAAGAGCAACUCGACGGGUUUCUCCAAGCUUUGGAGGUUCAGAGAUUUGAAGCUCCGGUGUAGUAGCGAUGGAAAAGACGCGUUCGUCUUCUUAAACCAGCCUCCGCCUUCUUCGUCGUCGAUAAAAACUGAAAAGAAAAAUGAAAAAGAAGAGAAAAAAUCGAAGGUGAAAGUAAGCGAAGAGAAACUCAAGGUAAAGCAAAACGGCAAAACGGCAUCGCCUUCGGCUCACGAACAGCUUUACGUUGAAAACAGAGCACAAAGGGAAGGAGUUAAACGGCGGUCGUAUUUGCCGUAUAAGCAGGUCGGAUUUUUCACUAACGUCAGCGGCUUGAGCAGAAAUGUUCAUCCAUAUUAGGUUUCUAAUUAAUUAAUUAAAUAAAUAAUCUUAAUUUUAUUAAUU